AUGGCCCAAGAUGACAUUGCACUGAUUGGACUGGCUGUCAUGGGCCAGAAUUUAAUAUUGAACAUGAACGACCAUGGCUUUGUGAUCUGUGCCUUUAACAGAACAGUUUCCAAAGUUGAUGAUUUCUUGGCCAAUGAGGCAAAGGGAACCAAAGUGGUUGGUGCUCAGUCCUUGAAGGAGAUGGUCUCCAAGUUGAAGAAGCCCUGGAGGAUUAUUCUUCUUGUGAAGGCUAUUCAAGCUGUUGAUGAUUUCAUCAAAAAAUUGGUACCAUUGUUGGACACUGGUGACAUCAUCAUUGAUGGAGGAAAUUCUGAAUAUAGGGAUACCACAAGAUAUUUUCAAGACCUCAAAGCCAAGGGCAUCUUAUUUGUGGGGAGUGGAGUUAGUGGUGGAGAAGAUGGGGCCCCGUAUGGCCCAUCACUCAUGCCUGGAGGGAACAAAGAAGCUUGGCCCUAUAUCAAGACAAUCUUUCAGGGCAUUGCUGCGAAAGUAGGCACUGGAGAACCCUGCUGUGGCUGGGUGGAAGAGAAAGCAGGGCACUUUGUGAAGAUGGUGCACAAUGGAAUAGAGUAUGGUGACAUGCGGCUAAUCUGUGAGGCUUACCACUUGAUGAGAGAUGUCCUGGGCAUGGAGCAAAGUGAGAUGGCACAGGCCUUUGAAGAGUGGAAUAAGAUGGAAGUAGACUCAUUCCUGACUGAAAUCACAGCCAAUAUUCUCAAGUUCCAAGAUAACAAUGGCAAAUACCUGCUGCCAAAAAUCAGUGACAGAGCUGGGCAGAAGGGCACCGGGAAUUGGUCGGCUAUCUCCACCCUGGAAUAUGGCAUCCCUGUCGCCCUCAUUGGAGAAGCUGUCUUUGCUCGAUGCUUAUCAUCUCUGAAGGAUGAAAGAAUUCAAGCAAGCAAAAAACUAAUGGGUCCCCAAAAGACCCAGUUUGAAGGUGACAAGAAAUCAUUCCUGGAAGACAUUCAAAAGGCCCUCUAUGCUUCCAAGAUCAUCUCUUAUGCCCAAGGCUUUAUGCUGCUAAGACAAGCAGCCAUUGAAUUUGGCUGGACCCUCAAUUAUGGUGGCAUCACCCUGAUGUGGAGAGGGAGCUGCAUCAUCAGGAGUGUAUUCCUAGAAAAGAUAAAGGAUGCAUUUGAUCAAAACCCGGAACUUCAGAACCUACUACUUGACAACUUCUUUAAGUCAGCUGUUGAAAACUGCCAGGCCUCCUGGCAGUGGGUAGUCAGUACUGGUGUCCAGGCAGGCAUCCCCAUGCCCUGCUUCACCACUGCCCUCUCCUUCUAUAAUGGGUACAGACAUGAGAUGCUACCAGCCAACCUCAUCCAGGCUAAGCAGGAUUACUUUGGAGCUCAUACCUAUGAACUCUUAGCCAACGCGUGA